AAAUCAUUCACAACAUACCAAACUAGAAACAAACACUUUCACAAAGAUGGCAAAAAACUCUCACACCUUUUUGUCUCUUAUUCUUCUAUUCCUCACUCUAGUUGCAACUUCCCAUGCUGGUGGCAUAGCAAUCUAUUGGGGCCAAAAUGGCAACGAGGGAACCUUAUCCGAAGCAUGCGCAACCGGAAAAUACUCCCAUGUUAACAUAGCUUUCCUAAACAAAUUCGGUAACGGUCAAACCCCUGAAAUGAAUCUCGCAGGUCAUUGCAACCCAUCACUUCCAAAUUCAUGCACAAAAUUCAGCUCAGAAAUCAAAGAUUGCCAAAGUAAAGGAAUCAAAGUUUUACUUUCAAUUGGUGGCGGAAUUGGAAGCUAUUCUUUAUCUUCAAUUGAGGAUGCAAGAAACGUUUCAAAAUUUUUAUGGAACACUUUCUUGGGUGGCAAGUCAUCUUCAAGACCAUUAGGUGAUGCUGUUUUAGAUGGAAUAGAUUUUGAUAUUGAACUUGGUUCCACCGAAAAUUGGCAACACCUUGCAGGUUUUCUUAAAGGGUAUAGUAGAUAUGGAAAAAAGGUGUAUCUUGGUGCUGCUCCUCAAUGUCCAAUUCCAGAUAAAUUUUUGGGCACUGCACUUGAAACAGGUCUUUUUGACUUUGUUUGGGUACAAUUUUACAAUAAUCCUCCUUGUCAAUAUAAUGGAAACAUAACUAACCUUGUGAAUUCAUGGAAUAAAUGGAAUAGUAAUGUUCCAAGAGGGAAGAUAUUUUUAGGGCUGCCGGCGUCUACGGCGGCGGCCGGAAGUGGUUUUAUCCCGGCAGAUGUGUUGACUUCAGAAAUAUUACCUGUAAUUAAGAAGUCAAGAAAGUAUGGAGGAGUGAUGCUUUGGUCAAGGUUUCAUGAUGUGCAGACUGGGUAUAGCACUUCUAUUAUUGGAAGCGUGUGAUGAGUUGUUAUAAUUAAUUGGUCAAUGAUUUAGUGUUAUAUUCAUUCAAGUUGUUGUUGUUUUAAAUUAUUAAAAAACAAAAUAUUGUACUUUGAAAAGUAUGUUUUCAACUUUUAUCCCCAAUAGUGCGCAAAUGGAUUAUCCACUUUUGACUUUAAAAUCAUAAAAUAAUUAUUAUUUGCA